AUGUCUGCCUUGUGGCUAUUAUUUGUCUGGUCUUUUUUGAUUUCACUGACCAAACAGACAACUUCUCCCGACUACGGACUUCUGCCGAAAUUUGUGUGCUCACCCAUACCAGUUGAUUCAGAUCCUGGGUGCUCUGGAAGCAGACAUGCAUCACCAUCUGGGGCAGGCUCUUGGGGAGGACUAACAGAUGAUGCCAAAACAACCAUCUUGCACCUGCGGGAGACCAUCGUUCAGCAGAAAGAAACCAUCCUUGACCAGAGGGAGACAAUCCGCGAGCUCACGGCCAAGCUCACUCUUUGCGAAGGAUUUGGGGGAACUCAUGAGGGCCCAAGCCUAGGGGCACAUCCUCUGGAACCUGAAGAGGGUUUUCAUGGUCGGGCUGCACUACACCACCUGAACCAGCUUGGCCAUUCUUCUGGACACCAUUCUGAAGGGCACUCGGGAGCCCAUCAUCUCUCAGAACCUUACAUGUCUCAUGGGGUCCAUGUUCCAAAUAAGAACACCAUGGGAGACCCCCCUAAACACAAGGAAUCAGUCGAUCAAAUGGGAAGAAUGUUGCAGUCACUGAAAGAGAGACUCGAGAAUCUGCAGCACACAAAAAAUACAUCAACCACUUACUCCAACUCUUUAAGGGACCUUCUUCAAAGGAAGAUCAGCACCCUGGAGCACCAGAUUCAGCAGCGACUACAUUCUGAAAGGGAUGAUGGAGAAGGAGGGGAACAUGGCCAUGAGGAUGAAGAUGAGGAAGGAGAUGAACAUGAAGAGGAUGAAGAAGGCGAGGAAGGCAGGGAACAUCACAGUGAACAUCACCACGACAACAAUACAGCAGAUCACCAUGACAGCCAAGAUGCUCACAACAACCAUGAUACUCAUGCACCUAGAUAUGCUCCUCAUCGGAGUACCUCAAAAGGCCAUGAGGACCAUACACCUCAUGACUAUCACCGCACAUCAGCCAAUAUUCAUGGAAGCCACCAUCAUAACCUUGAUACAGUUAUGAACCAUCUGCACCACAGAAGUGCCGAAAAAGCUGCACUGACACACAAGAAGACAAAAGGUCCAGAUGAUUUUCAGAUUGGAUUCCCAAUGCGUACCAACUACAUGUAUGGUCGUGUGAAACGGACACUGCUCCAUGAACUAUUUGCCAUGACUCUUUGCUUGUGGCUGAAGUCCAGCUCAUCUCCUGGAGUGGGCACCCCAUUCUCCUAUUCAGUUCCGGGCCAGGCCAAUGAGCUUGUCCUCAUUGAAUGGGGCAACAAUCCCAUGGAGCUGCUGGUUAAUGACAAGGCUGUCACACUUCCGCUUUCUAUCAAUGAUGCCAAGUGGCACCAUAUUUGUGUGACGUGGUCUACACGUGAUGGUUUGUGGGAAUCAUACCAGGAUGGCACCAAACGUGGCACAGGAGAAAACCUAGCAGCUUGGCAUCCCAUCAAACCAGGAGGCAUUUUUAUCCUGGGGCAGGAACAGGACACUUUGGGUGGUCGUUUUGAUGCCACGCAAGCCUUUGUUGGGGAAAUGUCAGAUCUUAAUAUGUGGUCACAUGUCCUUACACCAAGUGAGAUCUACAGUCUGGCCACAUGUGGAAGCCAUGCAACUGGUGAUAUCAUCGCUUGGACAGAAUCAGUUAUUGAACUUCACGGGGGUGUGACAAAGUACCCCUUUGAUCCCUGCCAUUAA